CAUGACUGUGUUUUUAUGAAUGAAAAGAAUCCGCGGGUGAGUAAUCGCGGGGAGCGGGGCUGGAGGCGCCGCCCGACGCCCCGACCCGGCAGCGGCCCCGCGGGGACCAGCGCAGCCGCCCGGGCCGACGCGAGGCAAGGAUGGCUGCGGACGGACUCUCCAGCAAAGCCCUGAAGGUGAAGCGGGAGCUGGGGGAAAACACGCCGCUGCUGUCGGACGAGGAGCUGAUGGGGCUGUCGGUGCGGGAGCUCAACCACCACCUGCGGGGCCUCUCCAAGGAGGAGGUGGCGAGGCUGAAGCAGCGCCGGCGGACGCUGAAGAACCGGGGUUACGCUGCCAGCUGCCGGGUGAAGCGCGUCUGCCAGAAGGAAGAGCUGCAGAAGCAGAAGAUGGAGCUGGAGUGGGAGGUGGACAAGCUGGCCCGGGAGAACGCCGCCAUGCGCCUGGAGCUCGACACCCUCCGCGGCAAGUACGAGGCCCUGCAGGGCUUCGCCCGCACCGUGGCCGCCCACGGGCCCCCCGCCAAGGUGGCCACCGCCAGUGUCAUCACCAUCGUCAAGUCCGGCACCAACCAGGCUGCCUAUUCCUAGUGCUGGCCCCCUUCCCCUGGCUGGGCACAGCCCCCCACCCCGUUCCUCCCCCCUCCCCGGGGCGCCUUCCCCCCACGAAUUGCCUCUCGUACCCUCCCUGACCCUCCUCCCUGCUGGGACCUGUGCCCCAAAUCCUCCUUCUCCCAUCCCUUGACCUCCAGCCCUCCUGUGUAGGGAGGGCUGCCGCAGCAUGGGUGCUGGGGUGGAGGACAGGACCCCACCGGUGGUGCCUGAAGCCCUUACUGCCCCCUUCCCUCCAAUCCAGCCCCCUCCUCUGCUGCAGCCCCCCGGGCCGGGCACCCCUUGCCCUGGGGGGUGCAGGCAGGAGAGGAGGAUCCGGUGCAGGCAGCGGUUGGGGAAGCAUCCCACGGCUCCAAGCUGGCAGGAAAACACCAGGUGCCUCUUUUUUUGGGGGAGGGCACAGGGGAGCUGAGUGCGGGCUGGGUGUUCCCAGGAGCACGUACCAGGGAGGAACAGGAGGUGGGGAGAGGUUUUGCAGCAAGGGGUGGGAAGGGAUAGGAUGGAGAUGGGGUGUCAGCAUUGGCCCCACAACUUGGACCAUGGCUGGAGCAGGGGGAGAGGUGGCGGCACGGCUGGAGACUCUGGGGAUGGAGGUGGCGAGGGAAGGUGGCAGGUGAGAGGGGGAGAGAGAGCGACUGCAGGUUGGUGCUGGGUAUGAGUGAGCGGGAUGGGAAAGCGCCGUGGCAGCCUGUGGCACUGGGGGAGCCCAGAGGUGAUGGUGAUGGAGGGAGGUCCCUCGGGCAGGGGAGAGCUGGGGGAUGUGAGCGGCGGGUCGGCCCAGGCUGUUGUCCGCAAAGGGGAGAAGCAGUGGUGCUUUUUUAUCUCUCUCCAUCACACACAUCCUUCACGCCUCUUCCUGCCUACGGGACGCUCAGCCUGGCCGGGUGUCUCCAAAACACAGCGGCGCUGGCAGGAAGGAAGCGGAGGCAGCUGGAGCAGAGAUAAACACUGUUUUGCUCAGCACAGGCCGGCUUGUACGGCCCCACCAAGCGCUCCCCGGCACCCCACCGCCUACAAAGCCCACGGAAAGGUGCUCUUGGCCACCAGAGAGCCAGAGCUGCAGAGGCAGAGGGGUGGAGAUGCAGGAGGUGGGAAGCAGGGGCGGAGAAAAUCCCUGCUCCUGGGAGCCACCUGGCAGGCAGGUAGGCUCCUCCCUUUGGUUUUCCUCCAGCUUGGACACCAGUGUGGGACAGCCAGCUCUACCAGCAGGCUGAAAUGCUGGAAAAGAGUUGGGUUUGCUAAAUACAGGCAGCACGGGAGAGGUAACAGGAGGCAGACCCUCCUUGGCAUCUGUCGAUGACCCCCCCCACACACACCCCAACACUUUCUGCCCCUGCGUGGGUAUUGCCGUGCCAGCCGCCCUCGGCUGCAGCCCCCAUCCCUCCCCUGAGAGGUGCCCGCCGCUUGUGGAGGGGCCACUGUGGUUAGCAUCCCCCCACCCCAACUCCUCUUGGGUUUAUUUAUUGCACGAACGUAAGUUAUUUUCACGUCCUCUUUGCCAUUCCGCCUCUCGGCACAGCCAGGAUGUUGGUACAGAGCCGUACUUUAUAUUUUAUAUAUGCAAAUCACAUUUUAUCUUAUACUUAUAUAGAGCAAAAUAAAAUACUUAUUUAUUUUCUGACUUACAGUAUGUGUCCUACCCGAUUCCUCUGUAUUUUGUAGACUUUACAAAUAAAGCAAGUUCUUUUUUUUCCACAG